UUGGGUCUAUGGGAAGCUUUUCUUGACAUUCCACAUGUGCCCAGCGCUGCAUUGUGGUGUGCCUGCUGUGGCCAUGAGAUGAGAUGGCCGUGGACAUUGACUACCGGGAGUACUUUUUGCCUGAGACGAUUCAAGAGCUGCGCCGAGCUCAUGAACAAUAUGAUAUGAGCGGGGAUGGGGUCAUCUCCAUCAAAGAAUUGUAUCAGAUGUUCAAAGCCAUCGGCAAGAAGGUCAGCAGGACUCACCUUCAAUCUCUUCUGGCAGAAAUCGAUACGGACGGAAAUGGCACCAUCGAUUUCGAAGAGCUGUGCAUCCUGGAAAUCAAAAUGAGUGGCGCUCGCCCACGAGCGGACUUAAUCGACUACCGGGAGUAUCUCACCGAGCGGCAGGUGGCCAAACUGGAAAGUAUUUUCCUUCGGUAUGAUCAGAAGAACACAGGCUUGAUUGGUUUGGAGAGCUUUUGCUCCAUUGUGGAAAGCCUGGCACCCUGGACUGAGAAGACACCGGUUGAGAAGCGAGCCACACGCACGGAUUAUGAGGAGGUGGUCGCGGAGGUUGACCCUAUGUGCCAUGGGACUCUGAACUUUCAUCAGCUUUGUGCUGGAUUCGCAGUGCUUACCAAGGCACGCAAGCUCAUCAACUAUCGAGAGUACCUGCAACAAGAGGAGGUUGUGGAGUACCGCCGCAUCUUCAAGCACACCACCGAAAGGAAGGGGCAAAGUGGACUGACGAAGUCGGACCUGGACAAGAUCCUCCGGCGCAUGGGUGCCACGCUCACGAAGGUGCAGCUGAAGGAAUUUUUUGAGUACUUUGACACCGACGGCUCCGGGUUGAUGGACCUGGUGGAGUUUUGCAUCAUGAUUGUGAGGGUGCGGGGCUUGAAGAAGUUCCGCGAGAUCUCGCCAGAGACCUGCGACGCACGGGAGCUGUGGAAGCAAGAGCAAUUCACCAUCGAGGAGCUUCAGCAAUCCGGCUUUGGACUGAAGGA